AAAAAUAAUUUAUUAAAAAUAGCAGCAGAGGCAUGUAUAGUAAAGGCUGUUUUGCCUGUGGGUGGUGCUCCUCUUCUGCGCUUCUAUAAUCAGCUUGGAAAGAAUCUUGUCUGCUCCUGCCUGGCUGAUGCAAUGCUCCUACCUUUGUGCACAGGUGGCUGUUCUUGCACAAGGCCAUUGCAGCAUGGAUCCUAUUGCACAGUUAUUCAGUACACAGUCAGCUACAAGCACUGACAUAGAGCUUGGCACAUGUCUGCAAACCCUACCCACAUGCUCGGAUAUGUUUGAAAUGAAUGAAUUAAUGAACCGGUCUGGGGUCAACAGCUUGAAUUUGUAUACAGGCUCUGCCAUUUAUAAGCUAGGUGAGUCCUAGGCUCCUGAUCUGUACUGCAGCAAUAGUAAUCAUAACUUAAGAGACCUCCAAUUGUGUUUUGAAAAUGGCAAAGUGCUGGUCACAAGAUGGCUGGGGAAGCCGAGAGAGAGUUUAUUAUUAUUGCUCCAUCUACUAACAAAUUUACAUCUCCCCAUCCCUCAUUUCUCCUUGGCUGCCUAAGGCAUCAUGGUUACCAUAGCAGCCAGAUGCUGAUGAUGCCUCCAGGGGGCGGCAAGGUGAAACUGAGCCAGUUCCCAGUCCUCACCUCCCCAUACUCUUUCCAGGCCAGGGUGAGAUGGUCUGAAGCUCAGUCUCUGGUCAGGUCCCCCACUCUGUCUUGGAUCAUUUAGACCCACAAACUCUGCCUCUGCAAUCUCAGUUCAGGGCCUUGAAACACCUCUUCAGAGACUCCCUCCUCCCCAAGCUCUGUCUUCUGGCAACCUGCCUGGUUGCCGUGGAAACAGGUUCCACUGCGGACAAAGGAGGGAGCUGGGUCCUGCUUCCUCCUGGUCUUGUCGAUGAGGAUUUUUAGACCGUGGAGACUGCGCUGCCCUGCCCUGCACCUACCCUCACUCUCCGUGUUCUCACUAAGGUGGAAAUUGCCUUCCCUCACUACUGACGAGACCAUGUGUAAAAGCGUGACCACAGAUGAGUGGAAGAAAGUCUUCUAUGAGAAGAUGGAGGAGGCAAAGCCGGCUGACAGCUGGGACCUCAUCAUAGACCCCAACCUCAAGCACAAUGUGCUGAGCCCUGGUUGGAAGCAGUAUCUGGAAUUGCAUGCUUCAGGCAGGUUCCACUGCUCCUGGUGCUGGCACACCUGGCAGUCGCCCUACGUGGUCAUCCUCUUCCACAUGUUCCUGGACCGCGCCCAGCGGGCGGGCUCGGUGCGCAUGCGCGUCUUCAAGCAGCUGUGCUACGAGUGCGGCACGGCGCGGCUGGACGAGUCCAGCAUGCUGGAGGAGAACAUCGAGGGCCUGGUGGACAACCUCGUCACCAGCCUGCGCGAGCAGUGCUACGGCGAGCGCGGCGGCCAGUACCGCAUCCACGUGGCCAGCCGCCAGGACAACCGGCGGCACCGCGGAGAGUUCUGCGAGGCCUGCCAGGAGGGCAUCGUGCACUGGAAGCCCAGCGAGAAGCUGCUGGAGGAGGAGGCGACCACCUACACCUUCUCCCGGGCGCCCAGCCCCACCAAGUCGCAGGACGAGACGGGCUCAGGCUGGAACUUCUGCUCUAUCCCCUGGUGCUUGUUUUGGGCCACGGUCCUGCUGCUGAUCAUCUACCUGCAGUUCUCUUUCCGUAGCUCCGUAUAAGAUUCCGUGGUUGGGCCCAGAGCCUAUCGAGGGUGCCAGUUAGCUGAUGCGAGGGUAGAGGAGAGACGUGGGUUGAGAAUAGUGUAAACUUCUAGCGCUGGUGAUGUCACUGACUCAGUGGGGAUCUUGGACAAAUUAUACAGUUUUUCCAUCUAUAAAACUUAGGGUUUGGGCAAGAUCAUUGGUUUAUCAUAGUGAAACCCAGGACCCCAGAGUUCUGCGUAGGUGGCUCAGGGACUUUUGGAUUUGGAAAGUAGGCUAAGCUGGUGGGUGUCUCCAACUCCUGGUCUAAACACCCAUCCUCCAACUCCUACCUCCUCCUCUUGCUUCGAUCAGAACAGCUUUACUUUAGAUGGGGUUCCAUUUAAGAUUUUUGUACCAAAAAAAAAAAAAAAAAGUUUAACUACUUUUAAAAAGUUUGAAAAUUAGAGGACUGGGUGAUUUCAAAAGGGCUUUCCACAGUAAUGAGCUCGACCUUGCUCUUAUUAGUCCCUCACCCCUGCCCCUCAUGAUCUCCCACUUUCUCUAGCGAGAAUUUAGGGGAGGUUCAGAAGACAGAGUUUUAGAAGCAAAGCACAAAAUCUCUGGGAGGCCUUAUAAUGGAGGGUCUUCAGAGUUCAGGGACCAAGUCUAGCAGAUUCUCAGCAGUGCUGAUGGCCAGAAUUCAGGAGCAGGGGCCUGGCCUCCUGGGUUCUUUGCUGAAAUUAUAGUUGAAUGGCUUUCUCACAUUGGCCAAGCAUGAGGCCUCUUGCCAAAGAUCAGCUGUCCCCCUAAAGCCACAGGGAUGGGGUAUCUUCAGCAAGAGAGAGGGCGUUAAAGAUGUAAAAUGCUUUGUCCAUGGGGAAGUGCACAGAUAUGUGGGAGAACCUUACAAGGCUCUAAAAUGAGAUGUGAUAUGGCUUGAAAUGGGAGGAGAGACUUUCUGACAGUGGAGGGUCUGGAAUGGAAUUGGUGGGGAGAGGCAGCAAGCUGCACUUUUGAGGGGCCUCAUUUACCCCACCUCUGUUAAAAACUUGACUACUCUCCUCUUUAAUAGAAAGUCACCAUCAUCUGUAGUGAUGGAGGAAGGGGGUCACUUAUGUAAAGAUGGGACACUUUAAUAAAGACAGGAUAUCUUCCAUAAGGCUUAGUAGUCAUUAAUGUGUGUUUGAGAUUCCCCCACAGUCCCAGAUCUGUAAUGAGCUAUUGGUCCCCUCCAUCUCGCCACCCUGUCUCCCCUUUUCUCCCUUCUGCCCCCUGACCCCACUGCCACAUAAGGCUCUAUCUAGCUCCAGCUUUGGGCCAGUCUUGUCCACAGUCAGGAGGGAUGGAAGUCAGUCAUUCAGGGGAUCAGCAUAAGGUCAGUUUUACUCCUAUCCUGGCUCGAAUUCAAGUAAGCAGCGAUGGCUUCCUUUACUUCAUUCACAGAGUAUUUAUUUCUUCCUCUAGUCCGCAUAUCCUGAACACCUGCUAUCUAGCAAGUCACUUGCUAGACAGUAGGUGUUCAGAAUAUGCGGACUAGAGGAAGAAAUGAAUACUGUGGGUGCAGCGGAAUAUAGGGGGUGCUCUCUGGUUUCUCAGACAUCUCUGCUUGCUACAGAAGUUUUCAGCCCUGGCUGUACUUCAGAAAUUCUGGGGAGAUUUUAAAGAAAUAUAAGUACUCAGCCUCUACCCCAGACCAAUGGGAUCAAAAUUUGGGGGAAGUGGGACCUGAGCAUCUGAAUUAGAAUAAAACACCCAGGUGAUCGACCUGUACUGCCUGGUGUAAUGCCUUCUAACUGAGGGAUAGACUUCCUUUUGCAUCUAGUUUUAUGAAAAAUGAGCCCUGAGAUCUUCCUUGAUGAUUUGCCCUGGAUUCUUUAGGACUGGGGCUCGGCUUCCCUUUCUCUAGCUGCCCUACUCACUCCCCAGCCUGUGCUCUGGGGAGUUCACCGUCCCUCACACUCCCUUGCUCCCGCAGGUUUGCUGCUACAAUGGCUGUGUUCUGCUCUGAGAGUCUUUGUCACUGAGCUCUGCCACCCUUGCUGGGACACUCAUAAAACUUGUUAUAAUUACUCAUCCCUGCUAGGAUGUAAGUUCCAAAAAGCAUAGACUCCAUGGAUUUCAUUCACCUCUAUUGAAUGCAUAACAAAUGUUCAAUAAAAAUGUAUUGAAUGAAUAAAUGAACCAAUAAGCUGAGCCAUCUCCAGCCAGAUCUUCACCUCUCUAGCAUAUUAUGCUUG